AUGGUUAUAAUUUCACUUAAAAACUUUAUAGAUUCAAACUACACUCAAAACCUAUUUACAAUUUCCCAAAUACAAACUUUUACAAUUGGUGUACUACUUCAAAAUAUUUCGAAAUCUCUAAAUGGCAAUAAUAAUAAUAAAAAAACUAAUCAAAAGAUAAUUAGCAACAAUAACAAUAAAGAGUUUUGGGAAAAAGAAAUUAAAUUAAACAACACAGUCAAAAAUUUGGCAAAUACUUCGAUAGAUUUUAACAAUCUUUUAGCAAACGACUUAAAUGUCCUUUUAACUGGUACAUCAGGUUAUUUAGGUGUUUAUUUGUUAUCGAAUUUAUUAAAAAGAUCAAAUUGCUCAAAAAUCUAUUGUUUAGUUAGAAAUAAAAAAUCAAAUAAUGAAGCAUUAGAAACAAUUAUAAACAACUUAAAAUAUCAUAGAUUAUACGAACAAAUAACAGCAAAUGAAUUUAAAAAGAUUGAAAUUAUUUUAGGUGAUAUUUCCAUUCAGCAAUUUGGCCUUCAAGAUGGACAAUAUAAUAAUAUAGCUUCAAAUAUCAAUUUAAUAAUAAAUUGUGGUGCCAAUACCAAUUUAAUAUCUCCAUAUUCAGAAUGUAAACCAAUUAACGUUGCAUCAACAUAUGAAAUGCUUAAAUUUGCAAACCACAAUGAAAAACUAAUUAAACCAAUUGUUCACAUUUCAUCAUUUUCAAUAUUCACAAAUAUUCAAAGAGAAGAAUUUGAAGACUCAUUCAUACCAUCAGUCGACCAAAUUGAACAAAGUGAAAACGGUUAUGGUCAAUCUAAAAUCGUUUCAGAAUAUUUAGUCAGAGAAGCUUCAAACAGAGGAAUACCAUCAAUUGUAUUAAGAUUACCAUUUAUAUUUGCAAAUCCAUACACUGGUAUCGGAAAUAAAAAUGACUUUGUACAACUAUUUAUUCAACAAUGCUACAAAUUUAAAAUAUAUCCAGAUCAAUUUAUAAAUCUUACCAAUUUAGCACCUAUAACCUGGAUAUCAGAUAAUGUAUGCAAAAUAUUAUUAAAUGCAAACUGUUGGGAAAACAACUCAUCCAAAUCGUACAACUUAAUCAGUGACACAUUCAAAAUCAGUGAUGUAUUAGAACAACUUUCAAAAGAAUUUAAUUUACAAAAACUUGACUAUAAUGAUUGGAAAUCAAGAUUAAUUGAAUCAAAGAAUGAAUCAUGUAAUAAAAUAUUAAUUUUAGACCCACACAAAUCCCUUUUCACAUCAAAUCUAAAAGCAACCCGUUCAACAAUCAAAUUAUUAGAAUCAAUGAAUUCAAACUACAAUGAUUCAUUUGUGACAAUCAAUAUGAUAAAAAAACAUAUUGACUUUCAUUUCAAAUAA